UAAAGAUGCGAUCCCAACUAGUCCUCGCCCUUGGUCUUGUGGCUCUGGUGGCGGCCGCUUUCGGCGCAACCACAUCAGAUCCGUCUUCGUCUACCACCACAUCAGAUCCAUCUUCGUCUACUACCACAUCAGAUCCGUCCUCGUCCUCCUCCACAUCGGAUCCGUCCUCGUCCAGCACCACAUCAGAUCCGUCCUCGUCUUCCACUACAUCUGAUCCGAGUUCGAGUUCGUCGACUACUUCAGAUCCCUCGAGUUCGAGUUCUUCGAGUACUUCAGAUCCUUCCACCACUUCCAGCACUUCCUCGACCUCAACUCCUUCCUCGACUUCGACGACUUCAACCUCGCCGUCUUCUUCCAGUACCACCAGUUCCACGUCCUCUGACACGUCCUCCUCGACCACCAGCGAGGUGAAAAAGCUGAAGAGACAGCUUCGCAGGCAGCGCAAACUGAAUCGCAAUGUGAGGCGUCAGGAGCGCAAGGUGAGACAGGAGCUUCGCCAAGAAAAACAGAAAUUAAGACGCCAGGAACAGCGUGCUGCACGGAGGCGCAAUCGUCGGGAAAAGAAGAUGUGCUCCAAAUUCGUCCUCGCCUUUGGUCUUCUGGCUCUGGCUGCGACUGCCUACGCCGCAGGAACUGAUCCCGCCACACCACCCGCCACACCACCCGCCACGCCACCCGCCACACCACCCGCUUCAUCGACCCCACCAUCAUCUUCGCCAACUACACCACCUUCUUCGCCAUCGACCCCAAGUUCGCCAUCCACACCAAGCUCGCCCACCACUCCGACGACCCCGAAUACACCAGCGACCCCGACUACGCCCUCUUCGCCCCCGUCCCCCACUCCUAGUGACAAUAACUCCAGCACCGAGAAAGAGGUGACCAAGCUGGAGCGCCAGGUUCGGAGGCUGAGGAGACAGAUGAACCGGAUGAGGCGCCAGGGACGCCUGGAGCGCCAGGAGAUCCGUCAGAUAAGGCGCCAAGCAGGACGGCGUCAGAGGCGACGAAACCAGCGCGGAUUCCGCCAGCGCAGGGUCCUCGCCCUUGGUCUUGUGGCUCUGGUGGCGGCCGCUUUCGGCGCAACCACAUCAGAUCCGUCUUCGUCUACCACCACAUCAGAUCCAUCUUCGUCUACUACCACAUCAGAUCCGUCCUCGUCCUCCUCCACAUCGGAUCCGUCCUCGUCCAGCACCACAUCAGAUCCGUCCUCGUCUUCCACUACAUCUGAUCCGAGUUCGAGUUCGUCGACUACUUCAGAUCCCUCGAGUUCGAGUUCCUCGAGUACUUCAGAUCCUUCCACCACUUCCAGCACUUCCUCGACCUCAACUCCUUCCUCGACUUCGACGACUUCAACCUCGCCGUCUUCUUCCAGUACCACCAGUUCCACGUCCUCUGACACGUCCUCCUCGACCACCAGCGAGGUGAAAAAGCUGAAGAGACAGCUUCGCAGGCAGCGCAAACUGAAUCGCAAUGUGAGGCGUCAGGAGCGCAAGGUGAAACAGGAGCUUCGCCAAGAAAAACAGAAAUUAAGGCGCCAGGAACAGCGUGCUGCACGGAGGCGCAACCGUCGGGGUUAG